AUGCUGCUUCAUUUACAAGAUAUCCCUGCCCUUACCCUAUGCAACGCCGCUGCUCGGGGCGAGCUCGACACCAUCGAAUCUCUCCUAGCUUCUAGCAUUGCCCCCAACACACGCCCGGAUGACGCCAAUACCGAUCUUUCCGCUGUGAAUGGGGAGUGGGCGAGUAGGGAUAAGACGUCACACCCUCCAGUGUUCUCUAAAGAUAUCACUGAAUGGCACCCUCUCCGUUUGGCGGCACAGGAUGGAAUCUAUUGCGUUUCAGUUGACAAAUCUAACAUGACGCGCAUUAUGACAGCCUUGCUUCGGCAUGGCGCCGACCCUUACGCUCUGUUCCUCCAGCCCAUUUUCAUCUCCCGUAAAUGGUCUCAGUCUCCGACGGACUCAGUCGAUGACCAGUUUGAGGAUGAGCAUCUCGAUCUCGGGUGGGUGACAAUGGCCCGCGACGCUCAAGGGUUGCCUGUCGAGAAACACCCCAAUGACAUUACAUCUGGAGACUUCCAGUCUCUUACCUCCCACGAGGAUCAGUUUCCUCGCCGGUACGGGGUGCGCAGCAUUCUGCAUGCCAUGCUGGAAGACGGCGUGUUCGUUCAGCCGCUGCUCGACUUCCUCGGUGGUGAUAUUGAUGUCGAACGACGGGAUCCUCAGGGACGAACACUAUUUUUAUCUGUUUGUCGAAGUAAUCUGGGAUUGGAUUCGGCUACUGACGGCAUGUGCCGUGAUAUUGCGUGCAUUUCGACUGUUCACGGUAUCUCCCACAACCCUUUCCCUCAGCCUGACAAUCCAUGGAGAGAAUUGCAGCGUCCAGGCUCCACUGAAACUCCAGAGAGCUCUCAGACCUUCCUCGAGUUCUUCCUAUCGCAUGGGGCAGACCUCUACGCAGUCGAUAACUACGGCCGCAACGCCCUCCAUCAUCUCCUUGACGGGAUAGACAGGGCCAUCCCCACGAGCCAUCCGCCAGGCAUUACGACCUCGCUACGAUAUCUAGUCGCCAAAUGCCCAACCCUCAUAAAUCAGCCCGACCACGCAGGCUUCUAUUCGCUCCAUUUUGCGCUACGCCGUAUAGGUGUAUACUGGAGGAGCAGCAAUGUUCCCGAUCGCACCCGCAAACUUGAAACCCACGUAUACGACCUCCUCAAAGCAGGUGCAGACCUUUUCGCCCGUGAUGGAAGAGGCAACACAGUCUUGCACUAUCUCGCCGACGACCAGCUUGGCGACAUUGGUGGCAUGGGCGAUACACAACGCCAAAUGUGUCGGGACUUCCUCAAGGCAGGGAUUGACCCGAACGCGCGGAAUGCAGAUGGUGUUUCGGCGCUUGAGGUAUUCCUGAUUAAGCCGGAAGAUGACAACAAACGUGAAGGGGAGUGGAGUGCUGUCAAGUAUAAACAGAUUGGAGAGGCGGUGAUUGCGAUGUUUGAAGGGGCUGGUGGGCGUCUUAAGGACACGAAUGCUGCUGGGCAAACUCUGCUGCAUCUGGUGGCACAGCAAGUGUCGCUUCGGACAUCCGAAUGGUUCGAACUUCUCGAAAAGAAAGGACUGGACCGGCAUGCCCGGGAUAAUGACGGACGGACGCCGGUGGACUUUGCGAAAGACAAUGAGGAUUUGGCAGAUGACCUGGAGCUGUAA